AUGUUAAGACAAAUAAUUAUUCUAUUAUUUUUGGUUUUACUUACCAAUUCGUUGCCUCAACAAAGUUACGAAAGAAAUAGAGACCUCAUCGUGACCUUACAUCACGGCGGAAAAGUACGUGGCGAAGAAAUACUGCUUGCUCCAACGUCGACCAAAAAAUUAUUUUCCUUCAAAGGCAUUCCUUAUGCUACACCACCAGUAGGAAAACUUCGCUUCAAAAAUCCCCAACCACAUCCAGGUUGGCAUGGGAUUCGUAAUGCUACCGAACAUGGAAACGUUUGUGUCCAGAUUCCCGCUUUCUUGAGGAUCGACGUCGUUGGUUCUGAAGACUGUCUCUUUUUAAACGUUUACACACCACCAAAUAUCAAUCCAAACAAAAAAUAUCCUGUGAUGUUUUGGAUUCAUGGAGGCGGCUUUUAUGGUGGAUCUGGCGACUUUGAUUUGUAUGGACCUGAAAUGCUUGUAGAGCAAGAAGUUAUUGUUGUCACUAUAAAUUAUCGCUUGGGCCUUCUUGGAUUUUUUUCAACGAACGACCAAGCUGCUCAAGGAAAUUACGGCCUAAAAGAUUGUGUCGAAGCUCUAAAAUGGGUUCAAAAGAACAUCAAAGCAUUUGGCGGUGAUCGCAAUCGAGUGACAAUUUUUGGACAAUCUGCUGGUGGAGCAGCCGUUCAUUAUCUCGUUCUGUCUCCAAUGGCUAAGGGACUUUUUCAUGGCGCUAUCUCUCAAUCUGGCACAGCUUUAAAUUCAUGGGGUCACCAACCGUUUCCCAGAAAACAAGCGUUUGAUGCCGCAAACACGUUAAAUAUCACGUUCAAUUCAUCUAAAGAUCUUGUGGAACAAUUUCGUGCUAUUUCAGAUCCCAAAGUAUUUGCAACAAUUGGAAUUAGCCUAGAAAAUCUACAAACUUUAUAUCUUCCUCUUACAUUUGUACCGUCUGUCGAACCAAAAGACUCAAAAGAGCCACGAUUUUUAUCUGAGACCCCGAUAAAAAUGCUUCAAAAAGGAAAAUUUAACAAAGUUCCAAUCAUUCUUGGCGCAACGGAUGCAGAAUUUCUUUCGGAAAUUCAUUAUCACAGAUUAAAUCCAAACUUACUUAAAAAAUACAAUGACGAUCCAAGUUUUCUAAUACCCUAUCUUUGGUUUAUUGAACCAAACAGUGAAGCAGCUAGAGACAUCAUUUACAACAUUCGAAAAACGUAUUUUAACAACAAAACGGAGAUAACUGACAUUUUGGAAUUUGUUGAAUUUAAUUCUGAUCGAGCCUUUCAGUAUUCUGCCUACAAAACAGCCAGUUUGCAUGCCAAAAAACAAAAAUCUCCAGUGUUUCAAUACGUAUUUUCCUUCGAUGGCACCCUAAGUUGGCACAAACAGCAAUAUUUAUUAACAGAUUACGAUGGUGUUUGUCACUCCGAUGACAUGGGAUAUAUGUGGACCAUGGCAAAGUUGUCGUGCCCUCCAAAAGGUAGUCCAACUGAAAAAGUGAGACAACGUGUAGUGAAAAUGUGGACAGAUUUCAGUAAAUAUGGUCAUCCAACGCCGAAAAGAACUUCGUUGAUUCCAGUAAAGUGGCAAACAGUUCAAUUUAAUCAUGAAUACAUGGACAUCGGACAAGAACUACAGCCAAAAAUUCAUCCAUUUGGAAGAAGAAUGACAAUGUGGAAGGAAAUGGAUCAAAAGUGGAAUAACAAUCCAUAUUAA